AUGGAGCCCGUUGCCCCAAACACUGCCAAUUCUAUCGAUAUCGAAGUAGUCGAUGUGACAAGAGAAAAUGAUAACAAUGGAGAAGUUGCAGAAGGGAAGAUUAAAGGAGGAUGGAAAACUGCAUAUAUCUUGCUAGUGAAUCAAGCAUUGGCGACAUUAGCAUUCUUUGGAGUCGGAGUUAAUUUGGUUUUGUUCUUAACAAGAGUUCUUCGUCAAGACAGCGCCGAUGCUGCGAAUGCGGUUAGCAUGUGGACCGGAACCGUUUACAUAUUUUCACUCUUGGGAGCAUUUUUGAGUGAUUCUUAUUGGGGCAGAUACUUAACUUGCACUAUUUUUCAGCUCUUCUUUGUUCUGGGUUUGGGGCUAUUAUCAUUGACAUCUUGGCUGUUCUUGAUCAAACCAAUUGGUUGUGGAGACGAACAUACGAUAUGCAUGGAACCGACUUCGUGGGGAGUACGCCUGUUCUAUAUGUCGAUAUAUAUGGUUGCUUUCGGAUAUGGUGGACAUCAACCUACCUUAGCGACGUUUGGAGCGGAUCAAUUUGAUGAUAAGACUAUUAAAAACAAUAACUCUAGAGAAGCUUUCUUUAGUUACUUUUACUUUGCACUCAAUGUUGGAUCACUCUUUUCCAAUACUGUUUUGGUUUAUUACGAGGAUUCGGGUAUGUGGACGAUGGGUUUCGGUGUCUCGUUAGUGUCUGCUGUUGUAGCCUUGAUUUCGUUUUUAGCCGGACACCGAAGAUAUAGAUAUGUUCAAGCGUGUGGGAAUCCGAUCAUAAGGGUGAUUCAAGUAUUUGUCGCUACUGCGAGGAAGUGGAAGGUUCGGCCAGCCAAGGGCGGUCAACUUUACGAGGUUGAUGGCUUUGAAUCCGCCAUCAAAGGAAGCAGAAAGAUCAAGUACACCAAGGAGUUCAGAUUCAUGGACAAGGCAGCGACCCUUACGAAACAAGGGAGUGAACCUGAGAAUCCAUGGCGGCUUUGCACGGUAACUCAAGUUGAAGAAGCCAAAUGCGUGUUGAGAAUGAUUCCAGUUUGGCUCUGCACAAUUAUUUACUCGGUUGUAUUCACACAAAUGGCGUCUCUUUUCGUCGAACAAGGCGACGUGAUGAACAACGAGAUAGGAAAGUUUCAUUUGCCAGCAGCUACAAUGUCGGUGUUCGAUAUAUUCAGUGUCCUUUUAUGCACGGGACUUUACCGCAACAUCCUUGUUCCCUUGGCCGGAAAGUUAAGUGGUAAUCCCAAGGGAUUAUCAGAGCUUCAAAGAAUGGGAGUUGGCCUAAUCAUCGGAAUGUUAGCGAUGUUUGCAGCAGGCGUAACGGAGUUUGAACGGCUUAGACGAGUCACGCCCGGAGAGAAAGCUAGUUCCUUGAGUAUCUUCUGUCAAAUUCCGCAAUAUGUUCUUGUUGGUGCUUCCGAAGUUUUCAUGUAUGUUGGUCAAUUGGAGUUUUUCAACGGACAAGCCCCCGAUGGUAUAAAGAGCUUUGGGAGUUCACUUUGCAUGGCUUCCAUUUCUUUUGGAAACUACUUUAGUAGCAUAAUGGUGAAGUUGGUGAUGGUGAUGACCGCACGAGACGGAGAACCGGGAUGGAUACCAAAUAACUUAAAUGUAGGACACAUGGACAGGUUCUUCUUCCUCAUCGGAGCACUAACUGCUCUUGAUCUUGUCCUCUACGUGUUCUGCGCUCGGUGGUACAAGGGCUACGAGGUGGACGAAACUGAGGAUAUCGAAAGGCUAGAGGACAACGAGACGAUCAAUAGAGUUUGA